AUGUCUGGAUUUUUCAAUCUGGUUGAGAAUUUACGCAGCGAAGUGGAUAAGAUUGCCGCGCUUGUGGCGGAAAUCAAACAAAGGCAUAGUGAGAUUUUAGCAGCACCCAACAAGGAUGAUAAGACCAAGGCACGAGUGGAAGACAUUAUGUCCGAAAUUAAGCGGCGAGCAGGUGGUGUUCGAUCUUCUCUUAAACAACUUGAACUGUCAAUUCAGCAAGAAGAAAAGGCUGGGGGAGAUAUGGCCGAACUCCGGAUUAAGCGAUCUCAACACCAAACCAUAGGUCGACGGUUUGUGUCAGUAAUGCAGGAGUACAAUAAAGCCCAGACAGAUUACCGCGAUGCUAACAAGACGCGUAUUCUUCGCCAAAUGGCUAUCGCUGAUCGACACAUAACAAAUGAGGAGCUGGAGGAUAUGCUGGAAUCCGGAAAUCCACAAAUUUUUACCCAAAGUAUCAUGGCAGACACCCAGGCGGCUAGACAGACCCUCUCCGAAAUCGAGGCUCGCCAUCGAGACAUCAUCAAGCUGGAGCAGAGCAUCAAGGAGCUGCACGACAUGUUCCAAGACCUGGCAACCCUCGUGGACUCGCAGCAAGAAACGAUCGAUAAGAUCGAGUACAACGUGGAUCAAGCUAAGGACUACAUUGAAACUGCAAAGACCGACGUCGAAAAGGCUGUUGUUUACAAGAAGAAAUCACGCAAAGUGAGUUUCAGCGUUUUUCCAAUUGUUUAA